AAUGAGAUAUCGUACCAAAGAUGUCACUAGCUGAAAUAUUAUUGGCUGUUCUGGUGGUGUCCUUAACGACUCAAUCGACCAAUGUGUCAAGUUUACGACAAAUCAUCACUCGAAACGUCACUGCCGUGCAGCUCAACCAAGGAAACAUCAUGGAAAUUAUCGAGGAGCAAACCUGCUCGACUGCCCUGAUACGGCUUACCUGCAGAUCCCUCACGUCCUUCGUAUUUGUUCUCGAGGCACUAUAUCAACCCAAUCGUACGGAUGCUUGCAUUUACAACAGAGACAGUUGGUGCAAGUACAGAUCGCUUUUCGUCAUGGUCCGAAAUCUUCAACUUCGAAGAAAUUUUUUGAGGGGCAGUUAUGAACACGAGAGAAUUUCAUUGGACUUUCGAGAUACGAUUAAUCGCAGAUGCUCGGGACAUCACCAUUGUCAAUAUAAGGUCAUGUCCGAUCAUCCGGAAGCGCUAUUCUGGAUUCCUGCAAAUAUUCGAAUAAAAUACGCUUGCAUACCAGAGACAUCGGUCUACAAAUAUUGUAACGCCGAAGUUAAUGUUCCUAAUAACGAAGGUGGCUAUUUAAAAUCGCCAGGAUAUCCCUUGUACUAUCUCGGUGGAAUUACGUGUGGUUGGACAUUCAGGUCCAUUCCAGGGCAGAGAAUAGUCCUGACGUUUCACGAUCUCAGUAUUCGAGAUCACGAAGCGGACGGAAGCUGCAUCGACAUUGUAAGGGUACGCGAUGACGGAAAUACCUUGUUCGAGUCAUGCGGCACGGCAGCCGGUGUGAAAAUAAUAUCAAAUACGAAUGUCGUUACACUAAAUCUUGUGGCAUCGGCAAGACUUUAUCCGGCUCGAGGAUUUUUCUUACAAUAUCAAGUUUUAGGGUGUCCCAAUGUGAUAGCCCCCCCAGGCAGUUACGUAUCAAAUGGCACCCUGGAAACGAGGACGUUCCUCUGUAGAGCCGGUACAUUGUUCCCGGAUACCAGACAAAGGACACGUACGGUUCAUUGUGCAGGUGGUCAAUGGAUAGAAAAUAUUCCCAAUUUGCCAGCUUGCGUCCGUUCGUCGGACUCGAUCGUGAAUAACGAGACUGACAGCACGAAGAAAAUCAUCGGUUCGUUGGACGGUGGCAUUAACCGGAGCUACGAGGGUAUCCUGGGCCAGGAGACGAGGAGAGGUCGAGGACCCGUAGACAAAAUAAAAAUUAUCAAUUACAGCAUCAUGGAGCAGGCACAACCGGCCGUGAUUAAGGACACGGAUUAUGUCGUUGAUGUAAUUUUGCCAACGAUCCUCAUUGCAUUGCUAUUUGUUGGUAAUGCUGUCAUUGUAUAUAUAAUUUUUCAAUAUAGAAAAAGGAAUGUAGAAAAUCAUUUUAGAAAAACAACGGAUACGCAAGGAGAGGAAAUUGUAUUGAGUGCGACAAGAAAUGGAGAUCCUCAAGUUUAAUUGUACUUUUCUUAAAAGAAAAAGAAAAAAUUCAGAUUAUAUGAAAUGCAUGAAUCUAUUGUUAUAAAAGGCCUAACCGUUGAAAAGGAUGCAUUUACGUACCGACAACUUUAUUGCUACCAACGAUUACAUUAUUUCUUGUAAUUCUAAAGAAAUAAAUGCAUUGCUGUUAAAGCAUUUGAUAAUGAA